GUAGGACCUCCCGGACCCCCAGGUCCUGCUGGGCCUCCCGGGCGAAAGGGCGACGUCGGUAUCCCCGGCCCUCCCGGAGAACACGGAGAAAAGGGGGACAAAGGGGAGAGGGGAAGGCGGGGUAAACGGCGGGUCAAACAAAUUGGCAAAUCUGGAAAACCCGGAAUACGCGGUCUGUCGGGAGACGCGGGCCCUAAGGGAGAAGCGGGAGAUUCAGGACUUACCGGUUCUAAAGGAGAUAUCGGUUUGCCUGGAACUCAAGGAGAAAGAGGUUUACCGGGCAAUGACGGCACUUCUGGCCCUCAGGGACCCCCUGGUCUGCCCGGAGCUGUCGGCUUAAGAGGACAACCCGGAGACUUGGGUCCGCCAGGAAUGAUGGGUCCUCCAGGUCUUCCCGGCCCUCCCGGAAAGUUUGGACCAAAAGGAGAUCGAGGGGAUAAAGGAGACGGUUCUACGUCUCUCGGAUUUAUGAAAUCAGAUUACGAAGCUUUUGGCGACCGAUUUGAAGCCGCUGGACGUCCGGGUCCUCCCGGCCCUCCUGGCGAAAUAGGUCUGAGGGGUCCGCCAGGUAUUAAAGGAGACGCCGGACACACAGGAGAACCCGGCGUGAAAGGAGAUGUGGGACCGAUGGGCUUACCCGGACCUAUGGGUAAAUCUGGAAAACCCGGAAUACGCGGUCUGUCGGGAGACGCGGGCCCUAAGGGAGAAGCGGGAGAUUCAGGACUUACCGGUUCUAAAGGAGAUAUCGGUUUACCUGGAACUCAAGGAGAAAGAGGUUUACCGGGCAAUGACGGCACUUCUGGCCCUCAGGGACCCCCUGGUCUGCCCGGAGCUGUCGGCUUAAGAGGACAACCCGGAGACUUGGGUCCGCCAGGAAUGAUGGGUCCUCCAGGUCUUCCCGGCCCUCCCGGAAAGUUUGGACCAAAAGGAGAUCGAGGGGAUAAAGGAGACGGUUCUACGUCUCUCGGAUUUAUGAAAUCAGAUUACGAAGCUUUUGGCGACCGAUUUGAAGCCGCUGGACGUCCGGGUCCUCCCGGCCCUCCUGGCGAAAUAGGUCUGAGGGGUCCGCCAGGUAUUAAAGGAGACGCCGGACACACAGGAGAACCCGGCGUGAAAGGAGAUGUGGGACCGAUGGGCUUACCCGGACCUAUGGUA